GGGCGGGGAGCCGAAGCGGGAGGGGCGCUCCUCCGCCCCUGGAACGGAAUCCUCCAGGGAGCGGAGCAGGCUAGCGAGCGUGCAUCCCGCACCAACCCCCGGCCCCCAUCCCCGGCCCGCGUCAGACAGAGCUGCCGCCGCCGCCGCUAGAGCAGCAGCAGCACUCGGGGAUCCGGGCCCAGCCGGGGCCGCGGGAGGCGGGGGCGCCCAAGCCCUGGAUGUCCCGCAGCGCGGCGGCCAGAGGCGGACCCAGGAGGCCUGAGCAGCAUCUGCCCCCUGCCCCCUGUGGGGCCCUGGGGCCCCCUGAAAUCUCCAGGACGGAUCCAGCAGACGGGGUGGGCACCAUGAACAAGCUAAGGCAGAGCCUGCGGCGGAGGAAGCCAGCCUACGUGCCUGAAGCGUCGCGCCCACACCAGUGGCAGGCGGACGAGGACGCGGUGCGCAAGGGCACGUGCAGCUUCCCUGUCAGGUACCUGGGCCACGUGGAGGUGGAGGAGUCGCGCGGGAUGCACGUGUGUGAAGAUGCUGUGAAGAAGUUGAAGGCGAUGGGUCGGAAGUCCGUGAAGUCUGUCCUGUGGGUGUCAGCCGAUGGGCUACGGGUGGUGGAUGACAAGACCAAGGACCUGCUGGUGGACCAGACCAUCGAAAAAGUCUCCUUCUGUGCUCCUGACCGCAACCUGGACAAGGCUUUCUCCUACAUCUGCCGUGAUGGGACCACCCGUCGCUGGAUCUGCCACUGUUUCCUGGCGCUCAAGGAUUCAGGCGAGAGGCUGAGCCACGCGGUGGGCUGUGCUUUUGCGGCCUGCCUGGAGCGGAAACAGCGGCGGGAGAAGGAAUGCGGGGUCACGGCUGCCUUCGACGCCAGCCGCACCAGCUUCUCCCGCGAGGGCUCCUUCCGCUUGUCUGGGGGAGGGCGGCCUGCGGAGCGAGAGGCCCAGGACAAAAAGAAAGCAGAAGCAGCAGCUGCCCCAACUGCUGCUCCUGGCCCUGCCCAGCCUGGGCACGUGUCCCCAACACCGGCCACCACAUCCCCUGGUGAGAAGGGUGAAGCAGGCACCCCAGUGGCUGCAGGCACCACUGCAGCUGCCAUCCCCCGGCGCCAUGCCCCCCUGGAGCAGCUGGUUCGCCAGGGUUCCUUCCGUGGGUUCCCAGCACUCAGCCAGAAGAACUCGCCUUUCAAACGGCAGCUGAGCCUACGGCUGAAUGAGCUGCCAUCCACGCUGCAGCGCCGCACUGACUUCCAGGUGAAGGGCACAGUGCCUGAGAUGGAGCCGCCUGGUGCCGGUGACAGCGACAGCAUCAGUGCCCUGUGCACGCAGAUCAGCUCAUCGUUCGCCAGUGCUGGAGCCCCAGCAUCAGGGCCACCGCCAGCCUCGACAGGGACUUCUGCCUGGGGUGAGCCCUCCGUGCCCCCUGCAGCUGCCUUCCAGCCUGGGCACAAGCGGACCCCUUCGGAGGCCGAGAGGUGGCUGGAGGAAGUGUCCCAAGUGGCAAAGGCGCAGCAGCAGCAGCAGCAGCAGGCGGCCCCUGUGCCCACUGUGCACCCCGGCCUGCAGCCCUUCCCUGCCCCCGUGGGGCCCUUCGACGCCACACCUGCCCAGGUGGCCGUGUUCCUGCCGGCCCCGCACAUGCAGCCCCCUUUUGUGCCCGCCUACCCAGGCUUGGGCUACCCGCCCAUGCCCCGCGUGCCCGUGGUGGGCAUCACCCCCUCACAGAUGGUGGCCAACGCCUUCUGCUCAGCUGCUCAGCUCCAGCCCCAGCCCGCCACCCUGCUCGGGAAAGCUGGGGCCUUCCCACCCCCUGCCACCCCCAGCGCCCCUGGGGGCCAGGCCCGUCCACGCCCCAAUGGGGCGCCCUGGCCCCCGGAGCCGGCCCCAGCCCCGGCCCCUGAGUUGGACCCCUUUGAGGCCCAGUGGGCAGCGUUAGAAGGCAAACCUGCUGUGGAGAAGCCUUCCAACCCCUUCUCGGGCGACCUGCAGAAGACCUUCGAGAUUGAACUGUAGCCCGAGCCGCCCUGCCCACCCCGUCAUCUCCGGGUGUCCCACUCCUCGGAGUGGAGGCCCAACCUCUCCCCUAGUCCUGCUCCCUCCCAUGGCCCCUCUAACGCCUUCUCUCGACCACCUCCCACAACCACUACGGAACUGACAUUGUGACGCCCAGGUUGCAACGGGAUGGAAUUCAGGGACGGACCCAGCCUGGCUAAGGGACCCAUUUCUCUGCCAGACUUAGGCUGAUACAACCUCCUCUCCCCUCACUCCAGACACAGGGGGAUGGCCACAGUCCCACUGAGCGCCUUGGUUCGAGCUACAUUUCCCUGUUUCUGUUGUUGACCUUCUCUACCUUCCAGUGUUGGGUGGGAUGGAGGUGGGAUACCCACCUCGGGGCCCUCGUGGGCCCCACACGAGUGCCCACGCCCAGGUCUGAUCAUCCCACCCCCGUACACAGCACAAGCGAAGGGCUCCCUUCUGCCCACCUGCUGCGUUCACUGCCAAUGCUGUGCUCACCCCUCCCACCCCUCCCCUCCCCUCAGGGGCCCACCUCUUCUUUGGACCAAGAUCUCAAGGGGAUAGGGGGCCAAGUCGGGGGGCCAGGAGGUGGAGUAGGGGGAAGGGGAAAGGGAAGAAGAAGAAGCUCAGUUACCUCACGUCGGUGCCCGCUGGGGAGGGGUUCCAGGAAGAAGGAAGGGGUGCCUGGCGGGUACUUUUCUAUCUUUUAUUUCCAGAUUUUUUUGUAUCUAAACUUGCAGAUUUGUAUUAUACAAGGACAACCAAUAAAGGAAGAAUAUAAUGGUG